UGAAAUAACUCUCGAAUCGAAGACUUGUUUAUCGCUAACGAUAUGUUAAAACUAUGAUACAUUCGUAACAUACGCAUUCCCGUAGAUAUAAUUUAUGUGUGUGGAGUUACAGUGGGUGAAAAAUGGCGAACAACAGAAUACCGUCUGGGCCUAACACUCCAGGCAGCCAACAGACCCCAACACAGCAAGGCAUAAAGAUAUUUAUACAGAGGGAUUACUCUGAGGGCACGGCAGUCAAGUUUCAGACGAGAUUUCCAUCGGAACUUGAAGAUAGGAUAGAUAGACAAACAUUUGAAUAUACAAUGGAGAGACUAAAUGAACACUUUGAAAUGGCAGAGACAGCAGACUGCAGCACGUAUUGUGAAGGCUGUUUAGCAUGUUUGACUGCCUAUUUCAUUUACAUAUGUACAGAGACACAUUAUGAAAAGCACCUAAGAAAAGUAUCAAAAUUCAUAGCAACGCAGAACGAAAGAGUGUACAACCCGAGAGGAAUACACAUAACGGACCCUAUUCUACGCGGCCUGCGCGUCAUAGAGAUCACAGUGAUAGACGUUCCCAACUGUCAGAGUCCAACGGGUAACUCGACGAACAAUCAGCUGAGGCACACUUGACCACCACAAGAGAACAGGGAGUUUUUCAUGUAACGCUAUUGGUUCUGAUUUGUUUACUGUGAAAUUUGGUGCUUGCUGACAAUGCGGCCGUGCGGGACAAAUCAGAAUGUAUUAAGACUAUGAAGUUGGUGUUAGUUAAUGUUGUUGUCGGUAGGUAUGUUUGUAGUCAGGGUCACCAAUGUUCUGUUUGUGAAGCCAGAUAAUUUUGUUAGAGAACAAUAAUUAUAAUUGUAUUUAAUUAUAUUAAAAGCCAGAUACAAUGUUAGGGAACAAUUAUUGUUCUAAUUGUAUUUGUGAAAAAGUUACGUAAUAUUUUUGUGAAUGUUGCUUUAAUUACGUACAUUUUACAAUUUUUUAUCUGGCAACACUAGUGUACGGACAGUUUUUUGCCUAAACCUGACGCGUCGUUCAAUGUACAUCACUACAUAAACAUCAUAAUAUUUUCGCCUAUACCUACAUAUCGAUAAGUCCUGCGUAAAAGAAUAUAAUUGAUUUUAAAUGUCACUUUAUAAAUUAUUGGAAUAAACAAAAACAGUACGUACAAUAUCUUGUGUAUUACUUUGGAAAUGGAGGUAAAUCUUGUCAUUAGACAUUUUAUAAAUCAAGCGUGAUACAUAUUACGAAUAUUUUUUUUUUUUACACAGGAUCCAUCGAUAUAGCAUGACAAUUUAUGUAAAGAUCUCACCAAUCAACAUUCAUCUUAGUCGUUUUAUACUCCAUGUCCUUGUGUAGCGAGUGUUCAAAAGGCUUGGCUCCCCAGCUAUGCUUCAAGCACCGAAUUUCCGAGCUAGACUGUCUUCUUUUAUACAUUUCCAAUGCAUAGUUUCAUUUUAUACUUAAGUGAUUUAUUCCGUUGCAUGGCAACAUAUUUUGCGAAUCUGUUGGAGAUUGCCUAUUAACUGUAGGAAAUAAAUGUUUGAGAAACAGUAUUAAUGCUAGUCUGACCAUAGAUUGUAAACCAUUCCUUGACAUGAAUAAACUAAUAUCGACUUUUUUUACUAUAAAAAAACGAACUGCACUACACUAUUCAGUCAGAUAUAUCAGAUCAUAGAAUAUUGGCUGAUAAUAAAAAAACAAGAAUAAUCAAUAUUGAGUUAAAUAAAUACUUAUAUUAAAAUACAAAAGAUCAGUGUCAUUAAGCUAAUAAAACGGUUAAAAAAAAGGAUAAAAAAUAUUAAUUAGUAAUUGUUUCUUGUUUCUCAAAGGAUUUAUUUCUGCAUACAUCUACCUAAUAUAUUUUUACAUAAAGUUUCUUGUUCAAAUUAGAGAAAAUUCUGUAACCAAUCUAUGUGAUAAUAGGAAUUUAUCAUGUAGUCGUGUUACCCCAAUUAAGGUAAAAGAUACUAUAAUUUAAAAUCUAUAGGUGUUUCCGACAGGCUUGCGUGUAUAUAACGAGUGAAGUUGCCUCGUGUUAGUUAGUCCAUGUUAAAUUAUUACCAUUAUUGUUUUACUUUUUGCUACUUAAAAAAAUGAUUGUUAUUGAAAUGUAUAUUUUAUAUCCCACCAAUUAAUAUACUUAUUUAUUAUACAUUGCAGUGGCGAAAGCUCUAUAUAACUAUAUUCCCUUUGUGUAGAAGAUACUUAUCAUUAGAACGAUUUCCAGAGCACAUUCAUGUAUAUUAGUACAUAUAUGUUGUGUCGAGUUCCACCUUUCGCCACUUAUACACUGUCCCCCUUAUUCAUAGACGUUUGUUAUCGACGGACGGAGUAAAGCCUUGAUACCAAGUCUGUUUCUCAGCUUUGUUUUUCUGACGGCUUGCUGUUUGUUCAGCUUUGUUUAUCUGACAGUUAACUUAAAGUUGUAUCUCAAUAUUAGCCAAUCACAACGGCCUUUACGCACUGCGAAGGCUGCCAUGCCGUCAGCACUGAGAAAGAGUCUUGUCUAUGAAUAAGAGGGUGUAUGUAUACAGAGAUGCUACGAAACAUCGUUAAUUUUUUAAAUUGGUGUGAAAUAAAAUCUGCACUCAUGUAAGUGUAUCAUUUCUUUGUAAGUGAAAAGUAAAACAAUAAGUUUACUUUGUAUACUUUUUUCUGUCGACUGAAAUUUCCUUUUAAUCAGAACUCCCUGCGCCAAAACGUUCUUCCAUUGCUUAUCGAGGGUUAUACGCGUUGUUAUAAAUAUAUGUAGAUAGAUAUUAGACUCGUGUGUUCACAGGGUCGAGCCCUGUUGUGUGAAAUGUGUCUUUGCACAAAAUAAUGAAUGUAAUUCAAUGUAACGCCUGUACUUCAUGAAAGUAUUGAAAAUCAAGAAAAUUUGUGGAUUAUAUUAUAAUCUGAUUUAAAUUAUCCUGUAUAAGUGAAAAGUAUUGUAUAAAAAUUAUAGUAUCUGUGCUUAAGUUGCAAGUGUAAAUUAAAACGUUAACGAAAUUAUCGAGUGUACCAGAAUCGAUAUUUGACAUUACUUAUCGAUUUUGAGUGAUGUUAUUCUACAUCUUUGCCUGAAACGAGUUAUGUCUUUAUACGGUAUUACAGUGGUGUAAUCUAUCGAUAUCGAUAGAUUUAAUCGCAACUGAGACGUCACAACACUUGCUUAUCUUAAGUUUACGAACAAAUUUUAAAUAUUUAAAAAAUCAUAAUACUUAUUAGGAAAUGAAACAAUCGUAAUGAAUAUGCUGUUUUAUUCGAAAUAUAAACACAUGUCUGAUAGGUAUGCGAUUUGCGAAAAUAGUUAACGAAUUAAUGUAUAUUUUUUUUAUAUCUAUGCACGGUGCCGUAGUUAGGAAUGGCAAUGUUAUAUUAUCAGCGGCAUAAUUUGCCAACAUGUACAGGACUGGACAGAGGAGGCGGGGGAAGGGCGGCAAAGUUAACAUGUAUUUACCGUUUAAAAACGGUUUAACAUCACGUUUAGUGCGUAGUUAAAAAAUCUACGUGACAAACUACACUUUGGCGUCACAUUCUAGGUUGAAUAAGAAUAGAUUUGCUUAGAAUUAAAUUUAUUUGAACAGGCAUCAAGAGAGAUGCCGCAUUAUGGCUUUGGUGCCAAAUAUACUAUGGUUGCAUCCCUCCACAUUUUACCCAUGGUUACAUAUUAUCCCAUUGCCCUUGGUAAUUUGCCCAAACAAAAUAUAGAGUGAAAGCUACAGCACUGCCUCCGCCACUAAAAUGUUGGCAUUAAGAUAUUGACGAUUGAUUUUGUCGAUUGCAAGUUGCAAGUGACUUGUUGGUUGUAAAUUGUUCAAAUCGGCGACUGAUUAUCAACAUUUGUAUGUAGGAUAAUGCGUUAUGUAUGAAACAUUGUAAUGUGAAUUUUGUAAUCACUUUAGGUAGGUACUUUAAAGCACCUUUGGCGAUGUCCGAGUAAAUUUUAUAAUCGAAUUAUUUUGAAUACUGUUCUUAAUUUACUUAUGUAAUAAAAAAUAUUUAUUUUAAAUUUAAAGAGCGUAAUAAGUGCAUAAACACGCAUAAAAAAAUAAUGCGUCGAACAUAAAAACCACGGAGUGGUCGUUAAAUAGACAAUUUAUUUUCUAAGUGGUGGUUGAGAUUUACUCGGACACUUUGGAAUCGGGUCUAUGGGUUGUUUAUAUUUGAGAGCGAUUUACACGAAGUAAAUAAUAUAUUCAUUCUAGCGUCAUAUUGACAGGUAGUUUAAUAAAAAACAAACCGCAAAGUUGUAAUAACCCGAAAUGACGACUUUCCUAAAUUCAGAGUGAAUUGACUAAUCUUUAGUGCAGUCUGAAGAAAUAACAUUGAAUUAUUGGCCCUAAAUAAAUAAACAAAAAUUGCAGUUUUUUUUUGUGAAUUUUAAUUUAAAAAUCGCUCUCAGAUAUUGCCCAGUGCUUUGUAAUUGAUAAAUGAAUAAUUUCUCGUACUAGGAUGGGAUUGUUAAUCGCCUACAAUUCCUUCUAAGCUUAGCAUUUAUUCGAAUUAUUUAUAAAAUUAUUAUUAUUAUUAGGUUUAUAGCUAACAUAUUACAGUUAAUUUGUUUUAAUUAUGAUUCUUUAGGUAUGAACUUCUUAUAAUUCGUGAAUGGAUUUCCUUUAUUUAAUGUCGAUAGAACGUAUAAGUAUCGAACUCUUUAUUUCCUAUAUUUCUUAGGUGUCAAUAGAAAACCUUAUUAUAAGAAGUUGGUACCUUCAAAAUUAUCUUCAAUAUUAUGUGUAAUAAAUAUUAUAUUUUUUUAAGUUAUUAAUUAUUUUAUCGUAACUUCGUCACAUUUUAUUCCCAUAUUCUAGAACAUUUAGACAAUUUUGUAUUUGUAAUAAUUUAGUAGCAUUUCUAUAGUAUUAAUUUAUAAAUUAUAUUUUUGUGUCAGGACCGGGUUUUAUUAAAAUCGCUAUUUUGUAUAUUUUUGAAAAAUUACUUUGACAUAGAACUGAAGUAAAUUGAUAUCGAUAACAUUAUUAGUCACUAUUUGAAAUAGUUUCAAAUCAUAAUAUAUAACCGUAUCUAUAACUUAAUCAUAUAAAAUUAAACUUGUAACAUAAGCCCCUUUCUAUAAGCAAGUAAAUUUUCCAAAAUAAUAAUAUAUAAUUCCAUAUAAAUUAUUUCAAACACGAUAAAUGCCUUAUUCUUUACUUAUGCAAUUAAAAGAUUUUCAGUUAAGACCCUACUCAAUGCAAACGACCUUGAGCAUUCGUUCCAUUCAUUUACGGCGUACAAGUGACGGUUAUGUGCAAAAAUAUAUAAAUAUUUUCUGCAAUAAAAUAUUUUAGGUCUUUUAAAUAAAUUUAAACUUCUAAAAGUUUCCUUAUUGAAUUGUUUAUCUAAUAGUAUUGGUUGCAAAUUAAAAUGAUGUGUUGUUUGGUGGUAGAUUCACGGAAUCACCAAUUACAGUGGCAUUAUCAUUAUUAAAUUACACAAGCAAUAUGCAUAUUAUAAAAACAUCUAAACAACCGAAGUAAAGAUAACAUGCUGUAGAAAUAUUGUGUUUAAUUUUUUUAUCUAUAUAUAUCAUAAAAUUCUAUUAGAUAGCUUCUAAAAUAGCUAGCGCGACGUUUCGCUGGGAAUACCGCCUUAUAGAGACUUGUAAAACAAAAUAGCGAUUUUAAUAAAUUCUACAGUGAACUAAGUAUUGUGAGAUGUUAACGAGUGAUGAAUGAUUAUAUCACAUAUUAUAUGCCAUGUUUAUAAUAAAAAUAUUUUAAAAAUAUAUUGUAUGGAGAAUAUCAUUUGUCAUAGUAAUUAAUGUAAGUAAAUUUAAUGGGGUAUGUAAAAAUGCACAGAUUUGUCUGAUGAAUUGAUAUUAGAUGAUACAUUGGCAAUCCUAAAUUGAGAAUCCAUCUGUACCUAUUGUACUAACAUAAGGUAAGGUAUAGAUUUAUUAUGACUCGUAUUAAAUAAUUCAAAUUA